AUGGCUUCCUCUCCUUCCGCAGAGGCAUUCGAGACUGCAAAAAAAGAAUUUCUCCGCGAAUCGGACCUUAGCGCAGGAAUUGAUCUCUCAAGUUUCACGACGAUCCACGAUGUAUACGAUACCACGGACAAAAUUCAACAAGAGCAAUCGAGCUCAAAGGCACUGCGCUACCUGCAGAGGAUCCAGCCAUAUUUGACAUGCAUCAAUCAUUAUGCGGCUGUUGUCGAGACCUUCGCGCAAACAAAACCGGAGUUCAUCUCGCCGAUAUGGGGGAGCAUCAAAGCCAUCUUGUUGAUUGCCAGCACUUACGUUAGAAGCUACGACAAAAUUCUGGACGCCAUGGAGCAACUUGGCAAUGCCCUGCCGGAGUUUGACAAAUACGCCGAAACCUUUUACCGUAGCGACCGGAUCAAACAAGUGCUUGCUCUCUUCUACAAGGAUAUCCUCGACUUUCACUCUACAGUGCUCAAGUUUUUCAAGAUCAAGAGUUGGAGGCUUGUUCUUGAGUCUUUGUGGCCAAAGUAUCACGGAAAGUUGGAGGUCAUUUUGCACAACAUCGCGAAAAGCAAAGCCAUGAUGGACAGCGCGGUGACCUUGAUGGACAUCACUGAAGCUCAUCAGGCCAGGAUAGAUGCCUACCAAAAGUACGAACGAGAUUACGAAUUCCAGCAAAGACAGGACUUCGAAGCUGCCAAGCAAUCUUUGUCUCCGAAUCUCUACUACAAAGAGCUGGAGAACGCGACAGAGCGCUGCUCCGUAGACUCCGGAAAACAGAUACGAAAGCUGGACAAGUUCAAACUUUGGCUCGACCCAGCAAAACCCGACUCGCGGCUUCUAUGGCUGCAAGGCAUACCAGGAGCAGCUAUCAUCAACAAGGAUCUUAGACCGCUCGUAUCCAAUGCGUACAACGACAAGCUGGAUCAGUUUUCAAGCUCUGUCGAGUUCUCCAUGAUGAUGCUGCAAAGGCUCCUUCAGCAGUUGGGGCUGGCCUACAUCAUUGUUGAUGGUUUGGAUGAAAUUGCGGAGAUCAACAGGCCCCGUAUACUUGGCGCGCUCCUUGAGUUACACGACGCACACGACGACCUCAAACUGUUGAUCAGUAGUAGGGCUGAACAGGAUAUCCUCAGGAUGCUCGAGUCAAGAGUAGACCCCAUUCGUGUGCACAAUGAGAAUGGAGAAAGCAUCAAAGAAUACGUAGCCAAAAGGUCACAUGCGUGGCUAUCAACCUUGCCAUUUAAUCAAGACAAGAAGAACAGAAUUAAGGCUCUGAUGGGGAAGAUCGCACCAAAUGCACAAGGUAUGAUCGAGUCUUAA